AUGAACAGUCAGGUACUGAAAAAGGUAUGGUGUUGCAGCAAGUCAUUUAAUUCUCCUGCGUAUGUAAUAUCUCUAUACCAAGAUCUUAAUGGAACUUCCAGUAACACAUGCAAUUGGUUGACUUGCAUCUCUCCGUUGCAAUAAUGUUGUGUCGCUUGCAAUAAUGGGUAGGAGUUGGGAGAUUAUAGAAUGCUAUUAAAGUUACUAGCAGUUGUGCCCCUGUCUGCUCCAUUCACCCCCCCCCUACUAUUUUCCCCACAUUAACCCCCUAGAGCAGUGGUUUCCAACCUUUUUUGGGCCAUGCCCCACCUAAGCAUCUCUAAAAUCCUGAUGCCACCCCCCCCCCCGUGAUAUAUAAUUAUUAAAAAAGUGAACUCCUGUUCACAUGGAGGAAGCCUAAAAGGCCAUUCAGGGUUAAUAACUCAUUCUUGAUUGCCCCCCUUAAAAAUCAAAUUGCCCCCUUGUGGGGCAUGUGCUCCACAUUGGGAACCACUGCCCUAGAGCUUCCCCUUCCCACUGCUACUAAGCUCACUUUUCACCUUCCCAACCCUAUUCCAGAAGCUACUUCUCUCUUCUACUCUAUUGUGCAACCACACUUUGCAUCCCUGUUUUCACCCUUGCUCCCAUGUCCAUGCCUCCUCACUUACUUUUGUCCGCCCCCAUUAUAACCUCCUGUAACCUCCUACCACACUACUAAGCACCCUUUCUGCCCUUUGCCCAGUUAUGAAGCUACCAACCCGGCCUAUUAUCCAGACUCUUUUGCACCCCUGCUUUCAUCUUCAACCCAAUUCCCAUGCCACCUACUCCAUCUUAUUUUGCAACCCACUUUGCACCUUCGUUCUCUUUUUUCCAUACCCCUUGUCCGUAGUUUUCUCAACUCUCCUUGCACACAGACAAGGGCGUAGGAAGGGGUGUGUGCAGUCCACCCCGGGUGUCAUCCCAGGGGGGAGAGAUAACCCCCCCUGGGCGGAUCGCGCUGCCACGCAGCGAUCGGCCCCCCGCCGGGAGGAUCACGUCACUGUGCCAUGAUCGCCCCCCCCAGAGGAUCGCGGCACGAUUGGUCCUCCCCCAGGAUUGUGCUGCCUCACCGAUUGCCCCGUGGGCAGAUCGCCCCACCCUGCUUCUCUGGGUGCCGGAGCAGCUAGCUUCGCCACUGCACACAGAUCACCCUUAUUUCCACACCUUACCCUCUCUCCUAUUGUGCAUUUUCCUUUCCAUACACACACCAUUAUCUCCCACUCCUCCCCUUUCCCACCUUGUUUUUUCAAAUCCUUGCACAAAGACCACAUCCCAUUUCCAUGCCUCCUCCUUUCUUCUAUUCUGCAGCCCCUUUUGUAUGCAUAACCCAUGCUGAUAUAUAUUACUGUAUCUUAAGAGCAAGCCCAUCAGUUUGUUCAGUUAGAGAGUACUAAGUUCAAUUGAUGAAUGUUGUACAUAUAUGGGUGUCUGUUUGUUAAGAAAACAUUUCUGCUAAAUUACUACUUUGAAUCUAGAACUUCAUGUUGAAAACAACACAUGGUACCAGGAGUAAAAUACAUUGUGAGAAAGUACUAUGGAAUGUUUGAAGGCUCCUCAUCCUUUGUCUCUCACGUGAGGCAGCUGAGAAGUUCAGAAAAGCAUUUCUGCCCAUUUCAGUGUUUCCCCUUUUCACUCCUACAAUGGCAGAAGUUGAGUAGAGCGGGGUGGAAGGACAUACAGUGGUACCUCUGGUUGAGAACAGGAUCCGUUCUGGAGGCCCGUUCACAACCUGAAAAGAGUGCAACCUGAAGCGCCGUAUCUGCGCAGGUGCAUGGCGCGAUUUAACACUUCUGCGCAGGUGCGAUCAGCGAAACCAGGAAGUAACUCCAGUACUUCCGGAUCACCACAGGACGCAACCUGUAAGACGUAACCUGAAGCGUCCGUAACAUGAGGUAUGACUGUAGAUGAAAGCUGUGAGUUUAAACAACAGCAGAGGGUUGAAUGAAGCAGGGAUAUAGUGACACUGCAGGUUGGUUGGUUUUUUAAUGAAACAAAAAAUAUAUAUUAGUGGAAAACUUCUUAAUAUUAAGCAAAAAUAAUCAUUUUAAGUUUACAAUAUAAUAUUUAGAUGGAGUUUAAAAUUGAAGAUACAUGGAACAGCUUACCAGUGAGUCAUGAUCCAGUAACAAUCAAGUUGACAGGUGAAGAUGCUGGAAUGAUGAUAGAAGUGUGUGCUCCAUUUUUUAAUGAUCCUCCAGCUCCUCCUGGUGAACCUGGAAAACCAUUCAAUGGACUGUGGGACUAUGAGGGUAAGUGAAUCAAUAUUUUUGCAAGGUUCUGUCAUGUAUAUUCUGGCAGCAUGUCUUGAGUACAGGCUGGCAUUCCUGUAAAGAGAAAUGCUGAACUUUGUUUAAAGAAAUGCAACAACAGGUUAUGCUCUUGUUCAAGCUUGCAGACAGACAACUCUGCCAUUUCUCAGAGUAUUCUAUUCCACCUCAGCUUUCCAUUUUUCACCCCCAACAGAUUCAUCACUUUGUGCCCACUGAAUAUGCUGAACACUAAUUAUGCUGUGAGGGGUUGUAGGUCCCCUAUUCCCCUCCCACCGCCUCUCCUUUUCCCAUCCUCUACUUCUGUAAAGCUUUGGGUUACCCUGAGCCUGCUGAUGUGGCUAGAUGGUGCUGUUUUGGUUAUAUAAAGAUCUACAUUGAGAGAAUGAGCUUUCCAUUAGUAUUAUGCAGAAUCCUGUGACUAUCAGAGAAGCCAAUUCAAAACAGAGAAAUGCAUGAAGCCUAGUUGGGAGUUCCAAGUGCCCUAAACAUUCAGUUUUCUUUCCAGUAUUGAUUAAUGUCUAAUUUCUAUACUGCUUAAUAUAUUAAAUAUAUAUUCUUAGAUAUUAGGGUACAAAAAACUGAAGCAACAGCAAACAACUUAAACAUAAUAUUACAAAAAUACAGAGUUACAUAUAAGUGCUGCAUUAAUACGUAGGGCUGUUUUUGUGUAUAUAAAUAAAGUAAAAUAAAAUAUAUUCAUUUUCCUUUGGUCACACCCUAACAUCCUCUGGGUUUCUCACCAGCAAACUCUGAGCUUACCCACAAAGGUUUCACAACAAAAAGAUACUUGAAACAGCAAACAUCAGCCUAGUCUCUUGCUCUAGACUUGCUCUUUAUGCGUAGACCCAAGGCACUGCCUUAGACCGCCCACAGCUAUGUCCCAUUCAGCUGCACUUUCCACAACCAGUUCCAGGUGCAGCAGCUUUCCCAGGGGUCCAAAGGAUGGGGAGAGGCUCCCCUUCCACCCACAGCUGUUUCUUUCACCCUCUGUCCUCUUCUAGCUGGGAUAUAAUGUAAUAUAGUGGGGCAGAAGGGUCAUUUAAUUUUUAAUGGGAAGGCUACUUAUUGCAAAUUAUUAGGGGUUAUACAACCGGAAUAAAUAUUAUAACUGUGUUGUAAACAUCAAUUACCAUUUAUAUAUCGAGUAAUCUAUUUUAGGUUAUCUCAAAAGGCAGGCAAUUUUCAUGAAAUCUGUGUUCUUUUUUUGAGCAUGCUCUCUGCAAUUCUGCCUCCUAGGUAAAGAAAUAUAUUACUAUGCUUGUCUUGGAAUUUUAUGGUAAACAAUCAUCUAAUUAUCCAGAUCUGAAUCAAAACUAAUGUUAUUAAUGCCAGGUUCUUUGUAGAAAUUGCCACACAGCUUGUGAAAACCUAAAGAAAUACAAUACUAUGAAACCUACAGGGGCAUUAUUAUUAUUAUUAUUAUUGCCAGUUUAUAUGGUGUAAACAGUACAAAAGGACAGGCCCCUGCCUCAAAGGGGAAAGUGGUUUUGCAAAUUGUUAUGGGGAUAUGCUACAACAUAUGCUCAUUAGCACGUGUGUAAAUGCUAGCAAUAGGCUAUUUAUAGCACAAGCUGCUUAUUCCAUAUACAGAGUGUUACAGUGGACAAAAUGGUAGUACAGUGGUACCUCGGGUUAAAAAUGUUUCAGGUUACAGACACUUCAGGUUACAGACUCCGCUAACCCAGAAAUAGUACCUCAGGUUAAGAACUUUGCUUCAGGGUGAGAACAGAAAUUGAGCAGCGGCGGCAGUGGGAGGCCCCAUUAGCUAAAGUAGUGCUUCAGGUUAAGAACAGUUUCAGGUCAAGAACGGACCUCCAGAACGAAUUAAGUUCUUAACCCGAGGUACCACUAUACAUGACAGUGAUUAAGGACUGCCUCUGAAUGAUCUUCCCAUAUGGUCAAGUACAAAAUGAAUGAAAAUCCAUAUAUUUGUCUCAUCAAUAAAGUUUGGUAACUGUAUAUUGGUUAGGGCUGCCAUAUGUCCAGAUUUUCCUGGACAUUACUGGGAUUUCAAAGGCGGAAUUGAUACCUGGGGCAGAGGGAUUUCCAAAAGGUGGUGCUUUGUCCUGGAUCUUAAUCGAUUGAAAAAUCACAGUUUUUGUAGAAAAAAAAUCUGAACAACUUUCGGGGUGAUUUUUACUUUUUGAAACAUGGCAACCCUAAUCUCGGUGCAUUAGCUUCAAGGUUUUUAAAAGAUUCACAUGGUAGGCUUAACUUUCCUGUGUGAUAAAGACUCUUAUGUACAUCUUUUAGAGAGGAGUAUGGAGGUAUAGCAUUAGAAUCUCUCAUUUUUUAUGCUGGAUAAAUUAAUUUUCACUAAAUGAGUAGUCCAAAGAACUUUUAUCUUAUAAUACAAAUUCCAACACUUCAGCACAGCUGCCACUUAAAUUCACUGGUUUUCUUACUGGCAACUGUUUCUUUAAGGGAUCUGAUGAUAAAUCAACUGCUUCAAACUAAUACCAUAAUACAGAUUUUCAAAUAGCCACCCACUUUGUAGUCUGUAUAAAGUAAGAGUGAUGUUCACUGUAAGACAUGCUCAGUGUAGACCCAUUAAUUGCAGUGUAUCUACUCUGAAUGCGAUUUAACUUGGGUGACAUCCAAAGUACUGAAUAUCAUCAGUCAUAAAAGCCUUAUAAAACUUGGUUCUCUCAUUUUAUAGGCCACAUACUGACGCAGGGAUAUCUGGAUAAGACGACUAAAAACUACCUCCACUGUUGAGCUCAGAUUCUGCUUUCAAUUUUACAUAGGCAUCUAUGGGAACAGGAUAGUGGGCUAGAUGGGCCAUUGGCCUGAUCCAGUAAGCUCUUCUUAUGUUCUUAAAACAUUUUUGAUGGACCAACAAAUUUUGUGGUCUUGUUUGACAUAGCCACUAUGUUUCUCCAAGUCUAAGUAGCAUAAUCUCUCCCCAUCUCAGCUGGGCUUUCACUGUAACUUCCCUGAUUUCCAUCACUAUGGAGAUGGCUACUAGAUAGCUGGAGUUUCAGUGUUACCAACACUACUUUGAUUCUAUUUUUCUUAAACAGGAUGAUAUAUCAGUGUGAAGUCAUCUGGCAAGUUUCCUUGGCUAUGUGAUCUUCACAUUUUAAACUUUUUUCUUAUGCCAUCAAGCUUAUGUUGCUUUAUCUUGCAUUCAAGCUCCAUAGGUUUCUAAAUUUUAUUAUUGCAGCAUUGUUGCCAAAAUAACAUUCAUAGCAUAAUGCAUUCAAAUUGGCAGUGCAAUAAAUGUGUAUAGUGUUUAAAAUAUUCACUAAUUGGCUAUGUUCACAUAGCAUUCUAGAGGAGAAUCUAGAGUAAUAGUUGAGUAUGCUGCUACCUGCUAGAAUAAUGCCAAUUUUGUAUUUAAAAAAACUUUAAUGUGCUGUAUGAGCAUCAGUUGGAACAAUUUUCCCCAUUCUUUUUCUUUUCUGCUCUUGAAGGUAUGAAGAAUUCAUAAUUUAUACUUCCCUAGGUGGAGGAGAAAUCUUUUUCUGGGAGCCAUUUGUAUUUUAUUCUUAUUUCUUGCAGCUGUUUCCGUUGAUCAGUACUGCAUUGGAAAGUAGCAGCAGGAUUCCUGAGUAGCUUUUUCAUACAUAUGAAUGAAAUUCUUUCCCUGCUCUCUCAAUUGUUUCACAUUCAUUCCAUUGCUUUAGGAGUAUAUUGCAUCAGUUUCUUGCACUUAAGGCUUUUCCUUAGGGCCAGUGCAAUGAGUGAUUGCUCAGUUCUGUUCAAUUUUACCUACACAGGCAUCCCAUAAAAGUCCCUAAGCAUCACUUACCUGAUUGACAGCUAAUAUCAAGUAGAAAAACUGUUAUUUUCCACAGCUGUUUCCAUCCUUAUCAAGAUGGAAGAAUCAAUCUUUUGUUUCUUCCCCCUAUGUACAUACACACACAAAAUUUGUAAAACACUUUUUUGUAGUAGUUUUAAAAGCAAUACUAUUCUAUAUUAUGGUAAUUAUAAGCUAUUUUAAAAGUGUUUUCAAAGCACAUUAUGAAAAAUAUAUACAGUUAGUGGGCUGCUGAAAAAAUUAGAGCACAAAUGAGAUUUUGCAGCAUUCUCCUAUGUGUAUCCACUCAGAGGUAAGUCCCACUGAGUUCAAUUGGGCUGUACUCCCAGGUAAAUGGAUAUAGGAUUGUAGCCUAAGUCUGCAAUCCUAAAUGCAGUAGGGAAUAAGUUAUAUUGAGUAAAUGGGAUUGAGUUCAUGUAACUGUCUGUAGGUUUGCACUGUAAAUAUAAAAAUGAUUUAAAAUGAAGCAGCAAUGUUUUGUUGGUUUUCAGUUGUAGAAGCUUUCUUCUUGAAUCACCAAACUGAGCAGUACUUAGAAGUGGAGUUUUGUCCGUAAGUAAACAUUUCAAAAUCCUUUAAUUUCUUAUACAAUUAUGUUGCUUGAAUCCUUGAUGUGUACGUUUGUAUUUGGGAGAUUGCUAGAAUUCCAAGAGUGCUUUCAGCUUUAUGCAGGUGAAGAACAGGAUUUGCCACUAGGGAAUCCCAUUCAGACCUUAAGCAGUAUAAGAAGUGCCUUUCUGCUUGGAGUUGUUCUGUGGCUUUAGAAGGUAGCUGCUGAUUCUACAAUGUGGCUAGAAAAAAAAUAUUAUAGUUUCUCUCAGUCUGUAUAUUUUGGCAGUAAGCUAAGGAAGAGAGCUGUAAAGUUAAUGUAUAUUGACAUGCAGUGCAGUAUCAUAUAUGUUGUAAGCCGCCCAGAGUGGCUGGGGAAACCCAGCCAGAUGGGCGGUAUAUUACUAUUACUAUUAAUAAAUUAAUUACUAACACUGUAUUAAUAUUAUACAGUGAGAUGGCAAGGUGCAGCAUAGGGACAGAGACUUUAAGAGCAAAAGCACCUGUAUGUUUUCCUAUGCGAUUGCCAAUACUCUACAUGUAAAGCUCUGUAGGAAUCUUUAAUUUGCAGCUGCAGUAUUAUAACAUUAACCAAUGAAUGAAUUUCUGUAUUCUUACAGAAUUGGAGUGAGAAGAAUCCAAGAUAGGAUAAAGAGUCCAAGAUAGGAUAAAGGCAGUGUACGUUUUUAUUGUUGAGUCUAUUCAGGGAGGCAAGCUCUGAAAAAUAUACAAAAUUGGGGAUUUGAGUGGUGCUGUAGCUAGGGUGGGGGACCAGUGAAAAUGAUGGACAAUUAUGAGUGAAUUUAAAAGCAGCCCAUAAAGAUGUGUGUGUAUGUGGCUGUGGGUUGGUAAAGACUUACUUCAGCAAAUGUCUUCUUUGUAAAGAAAGGUAAAGGACCCCUGAACGGUUAAGUCCAGUCAAAGACGACUAUGAGGUGUUUUGCUCCUCUUGCCUCAGGCCAAGGGAGCUGGGGUUUGUCCACAAGCAGCUUUCCAGGUCAUGUGGCCAGCAUGACUAACCCGUUUCUGGCACAAUGGAACACCAUGUCACUCCAGUGGCACCUAUUUAUCUGUUUGCAUUGGCGUGCUUUUGAACUGCUAGGUUGGCAAGAGCUGGGACAGAGCAAUGGGAGCUCACCACUGUCACGCGGAUUCGACCUGCUAACCUUCUGAUCGCCAAGCCCAAGAAGCUCAGUUGUUUAGACCACAGCGCCACCCGUGCCCCUAGGUUUGAAUUCACUCGACUGGGUGGGCUCCUGUUGCUCUGUCCCAGUUUCUGCCAAUCUCACAGUUCAAAAGUAUACCAGUGCAAGUAGAUAAAUAGGUACCGCUGUGGUGGGAAGGUAAAUGGUGUUUCUGUGUGCUCUAGCUUCCAUCACAGUGUUCCAUUGCACGAGAAGCGGUUUAGUCAUGCUGGCCACAUGACUCGGAAAGCUAUCUGUGGACAAACGCUGGAUCCCUUGGCCUGAAAACGAGAUGAGCACCACUUCCCAUAGUCGCCUUUGACUGGACUUAACCAUCCAGGGGUCCUUUACCUUACCUUUACCUUAUUUGUAAAUGUAGUCCAGAAUGGAGCAAAUAUAGUUGUGCAAUUUAAUGGCUUCAUGUUGACUUACAUAGCAAGUUGCUUAGGAGUUAUUUGCAUUUUAUUGGGUUACACAGUUUUCAUCUGAGAACUAUAAGCUGCCUCUGGUUUAGAGACAUGCUAAUGGAUGUAUUUCUGGUAUGACUAUAUUAUGUUUUUGUAGGCAUGGGCAGUAUCUGGUGUUGCUGCUUUCUGGGAGACGGAAAGUGUGCAAAGUGAGUGAACCAUAGGACUCCACCACCACCUUCCCCAAACGCACAAUUACUUCAACACUCACGGGACUGGGAUAAAUCUGCAUAUCUUCUUUUAACACAGGAAGAACUUCCUUUAAUGUUUGAAGUGUUGAAAACGUGUGCCAAAUGGAAUGGAAAAGCUCAUCUUCCUUGGAGUUAUUUUCCACCAGCUACUGACAAAUUUAAUGCAUUUGCAAUUCAUGGGUCAGGAGUUAACAGAACAUAUGAAGCCCUCUACCCUGUACCUCAACAUGACAUUGUGGCAAAACAGAAACCUGAUUUGUAAGUACAUCUCUGUUGUUGCUUUUUUUGGUUUUUUUUUUGAGGGGGGGUUCUAAGAGACUGGUGUGAGUGGGAGAAUAUGUUAUUGCCCUUCAAGUUAGGAGGGCAAGUUAUAUUAGGACCUAAACUGCAGAAUCUAGACAAGAACUUAAAUGCAGUGAUGUUGCUUCUGCUGGUCAGGCUGGUCAAGGAUGCUUUUUAUUUGGCUUGUAGCAAUCUUACUAUUGAAAAUGUUAACACAUUAAAGGAGUUCAAACAAAAUAACCUUUAAAGAUCAUUCUCUCACAUACACUGCUUUGCUAAGCUUAUCCUUUGGGAUAUAAUGUAAUACCUGUAUACUUUCAUUGGAUCAAGAAGUGCAUUGGGAAAUGUGAAUAUAUGAAUGAUGGUGUAAAAUAUUAUAACAAUGCUUGCUCUUCUUUCCCCUGUGUUCUUUUGAAUGGUUUCUUGAGUCUGGGGUAGCUUGCUGUGCUCCAUAUUCAUUAGUACUUGCUGAAAGGAAAUAGCUGGUAGUAUGUGUGCAUUACAGCAUUUCAAUCUGCAAAACGUGCGCUUCUGAUAUGCUGAUAGAAAAAUGCUUUAUGCCUGAACUGAGACUUUGUGAGAAGUCCACUUGAAACAUAACCUUGCAUACAGUGGCAUGUGCUCUCUGGGUAGUUGCACCACAAAACCUCCAAUCCUAUCUACCACCUAUCUAUUUAUCUUGGUGGCUACUUUUUAUUCUUUAUUUGACAGAGUGUUAUCUGCACACCUUACUUUCAUACUUUUCCUUGCAUGAAAACUCAGAAGGCAACAAGGCACAGACUGUAAUUAUUUGAAUCAGUUUCACAAUAUGAAUGUGACACACACACACACACACACACACAUAUAUAAACUACAGUGUAAUUUCUUGGGAUGGUGAAGAACAACACACUUACGUUAGUUCUUUAAUACGUAGUUACUGUACUGUAGUUUUGUAAUACAAUAACUUUUCUUCAUACCAAUUUAGCAGAUGUGGAAAGGGGUAAGUGUAAAUGUUUCCAACUCAUCUGACUCUUUUGCUCCUUUCUUUUGCAGCCAUCGCCUAGAAUAUUUUAAAUGCCUGAACCUGAAACUGUUAAUGGGAGACGAUUGGAAGCAACCAGAAUCAGACUUGUGGUCAUCAUGUAAAUGCAACUAA